CAGGUUGUACGCAUUUAACAACUUCUCUAUUUGUUAACUUUGUAUGAAGUAAACGCUUCCGUUUCAGUCCUAUAAGUUGAUGAUAAACACGAUUUAUGUUAUAAUUCACUGAUUAAACAUUGGUUAAAUACGACAUCAAGAUGUCAAGAAAAGUGCUUGUUCUAGCAAUUUUGGCGCGUAUUCUAAACGCCGUCACAACACAAGAUGCCGUGGACUUGUCAAGUGAAGCAAACGAUAUUUUAACAACAGACGUAGCAAAAGGAGAACUUUCAUCAACAAGUGUGCCUGCUACGUGCAAUUCGUUACUUUGUCGUUUACCAACGUGCAGAUGCGCUGGUACUGACAUUCCAGGGGGUUUAUUUAAAAAUAACACGCCGCAAAUUAUCUUGUUGACCAUGGGUGACAGCGUUACAUCAGAAAACUUUCAACUUCACAAAGAUUUGCUUGAAGGUGUAACCAAUUUUAAUGGAUGCCCAAUAAAAGCCACUUUUUUUGUAUCUGGAGAAAAUGUCAAUUACACUUUAGUUAAAAAACUACACGAGAGCGGCCAUGAAAUUGCUGAUCACUCAGUGUCUCAAAGGUUACCUGCGGAGUGGUGGAGCGCAACUGCUUCCACUAAAGAGCUUGAGUCAGAAAUUGUUGGCCAACUAAAAACUAUAGAAUCUGAAGUAGGUGUGAUAACAAAAGGCUGGAGAAACCCUUAUCUUGAAAGCACAGAAGAUACGUUUAAAAUUUUAGCAGAUAAUGGUUUUUUAUACGACAGCUCGUUGGUAACGUUUCCUGGAGUAAAAUGGUGGCCUUACACUUUUGACUAUUUGCCACCUCUAAACUGUUACAUGAACAACUGCCCAAAAAAUUUCUACCCUGGUUUGUGGGAGGUUCCUAUUGUAACCUGGCAAUGCGAUGUAUUAGGUACAAAAUUCGGAUCAACAAUGAGUGAUUGUUUUGACUUAGACAAUGAAGAAAGUGUCUAUCAAAUGAUCAUGGCAAACUUUAAGCUUCACUACGAAGACAACAAACAACCAUUUUCUAUGUUUACAGAUUCAAUCUGGUUUAACAACAAACCGUUUAGAAAAAACGCUGUUAUGCGAUUUAUUAAUGAUGUUCGAAAGCUGAACGACGUAUUUUUUAUAACUGUUCAAGAUCUUCUUCAAUGGAUGCAGUCACCAAUUGGUUUGGACAGUUUUCCAUUUUCGUGUAAUCAAUAACCAGUUUUACAAAUUAUUGUUAAAAAUUUUUGAAUCGUUUUAUAAUAAUAAAGUAUUUUAAAUUUUUA